UGCACGGUCCCCAAAAUCCAGACCAGACUCAGUCCCCGGCCAGGCUCCGCCCCACGGCCGAAUCACGUUUUACGGAGUCCUCAAACCCAGACCAGACUCGAGCCUAAGGAAGCGAGGCUGUCGGGUGAGUGAGGUAUGUUUUUGGCCCCAAGGAGACUUUGCUCUUUCGGCAGUAGUGCAAAAUUCUUGAAGACAAUUUAUCCUUCAAACAUACUUGGACUCCCUACUUCUGCUAAAAUGUCUUUGAAAUUAAAAAAUGCAAGACGAAUUGAAGGUCUUGAUAGUAAUAUGUGGGUUGAAUUUACCAAGUUGGCUGCAGACCCCUCUGUUGUGAAUCUUGGCCAAGGUCUUCCAGAUAUAUCCCCUCCUAUACAUGUAAAGGAAGAAUUAUCAAAGGUUGCAGCAAUUGAUGGCAUGAACCAGUAUACACGGGGCUUUGGUCAUCCCUCACUUGUGACAGCUCUGUCAUGCCUAUAUGAAAAGUUUUAUCCAAAUAAAAUCAAUCCAAAUAAAGAAAUCCUUGUGACAGUAGGAGCAUAUGGAUCUCUUUUUAGUGCCAUUCAAGGAUUAAUUGAUGAGGGAGAUGAAGUGAUAAUAAUAAUGCCUUUCUUUGAUUGCUAUGAGCCCAUGGUGAGAAUGGUUGGAGCAACACCUGUUUUUAUUCCCCUAAGAUCUAAACCUGUUGAUGGAAAAAAGUGGUCUAGUUCUGACUGGACAUUAGAUCCUCAAGAACUGGCAAGUAAAUUUAGUUCCAAAACCAAAGCUAUUAUAGUCAAUACUCCACAUAACCCCAUGGGCAAGGUGUAUACUAAAGAGGAACUCCAAGUAAUUGCUGACCUUUGCAUCAAAUAUGAUACACUCUGUAUCAGUGAUGAGGUUUAUGAAUGGCUUGUAUAUACGGGAAAUAAACAUUUUAAAAUAGCCACUUUUCCAGGUAUGUGGGAAAGAACAAUAACAAUAGGAAGUGCUGGAAAGACUUUCAGUGUAACUGGCUGGAAGCUUGGCUGGUCUAUUGGUCCCAGCUAUUUGAUAAAACAUUUACAGACAGUUCAACAAAAUACCAUCUAUACUUGUGCAACUCCAUUACAGGAAGCCUUGGCUCAAGCUUUUUGGAUUGACAUCAAGCGCAUGGAUGACCCAGAGUGUUACUUUAAUUCUUUGCCAAAAGAGUUAGAAGUAAAAAGAGAUCGGAUGGUCCGUUUACUUGAAAGUGUUGGGCUAAGACCCAUUGUUCCCGACGGGGGAUACUUCAUCAUUGCUGAUGUGUCAUUGCUAGAUGCAGACCUCUCUGAGAUGAACAACAAUGAACCUUAUGACUACAAAUUUGUGAAAUGGAUGACUAAAAAUAAGAAACUGUCAGCCAUUCCUGUUUCAGCAUUCUGUAACUCAGAGGCUAAAUUACAGUUUGAGAAAUUUGUGAGAUUUUGCUUCAUUAAAAAAGAUAGUACACUGGAUGCUGCUGAAGAAAUCUUCAAGGCAUGGAAAAACCAGAAGUCUUGAUGUAUGCAGACAGCAUUAAUUUUUGUAUUAGAUGAGUUAUGUGGAAUUGUUAUUUAGUGCUGCCACCUGCUAGAUAUUGAAAAACAAAUAUUUCAGUACAAAUGGAAUUUAAAGAAAUUUUCUAUUGUUUUUCCAAAGAAGUUAACUCUGUUCCUAACAGUAUCCAGGGGAGCUGAUUUUUUUUUUUUUCAGUUGAAAUGUAUUUAAACACCUUCCAUUACUAUUUUUAUGAGAGUCAAUAUAGCAUAGAGGAUAAGAACUUUGAGGUGCUGGCUGAUCCUCUGUGCUUCAGUUUCCUUAUCAUAAAAGGAACAUAAAAAUAGCACUGACUUCAUAUGGUUGUUUAUGAGGAUUAAAUGGACUAAAUAUAUGUAAAACCUGCAACAAUAAACACUCA